AGCAUUGGCUCUGGCUGUGCUUGUGAUUCGAGGUGAGGAGUUUCCUAUUUUUAACUCAGUUCUAGGCCGAGUUCUCCGGACAGGACAGCUGCCCCACACCACAUCUCUUCUUGUCUACCGUCAGGAAUAGCUGGCCUAUCAGAUCUCCUCUGCUGCCCGGUUUCAACAGAGAAGUCGGCCCUCUCUUAGCGGCGCACUCAUUGCUUUCACUUUGGAAUUUACACUCACCAUCCCUUACUUUUCUAUGGAAAUAUUUUUUAAAUGGCUGAUUUAAAACUAGUCCGCCCAGUCUUCAUCUGAAUUAUACAGCUCAUGACAUCAGACCGAGCGACAUGGCAUUCUCAUCACGCUUUUCCUUCUGGGAGCAAAAGGUCAAAGAAGAGAACCCACCUGGCAAAAAUCUGGAAAAUGAAGGCCUAAUGCGGGCCCAGUCUGUGUCAGCCCUAGAUCCAGGAAGGGGAUUCUUCCAGGCUAAAAGCCCCCCUCCAGUGUCACGAUCAGAGUCUACAGCAAGAUUCAGGAGCCCUUCCCCCCCGAAGUUUAGAGCCCCCGUAAAAGUUCCAGAGCGUUUCAAAAGCCCAGAGCCACAGUCAAACAUUCAGGACCAUGUAAGGAGUCCAGAACCUCCUCCAGAAAACCGACAAUAUCCAGGCAAAGUAAUUAAUGGUGAUGCAAAUGUAAAUGGGAGUAUAGUCAAUGGUAAUUCUGCUAUUAAUGGCAAGAUCAAACCUAUGGAAAAUCUGGCUGGUAUGUUGCCGAACCCAGAGGACCAGGGCGUAACUCGCAAGAAGGUGGUGAAGGUGGUGCGACGCAUUGUCCGAAAGGUUAUCCCCACCGAGGAGGAACCUUCUAAGGAGCCAGAACCAACCUCAAUAGAGGUCUCAAAACUUGUUAAACCAGUGACUGAACCACUCAAAUCGAUCACCUCUGCGUUGCCAGGAUCAGUGCCCAAGGGUUCCAAAAUGUCAGCAUUCUCCUUCAAACAUGACACAAUUAAAUCGGAGGAGAAGGAUGAGGCACUGGCGUGCCUCAUCGGCAGAGGCAGGAAAAAAGAACCUCGUUCAAGGAUACAUAAGGAGGAGUUACAGGAAAUGCUGGAGCCGGUAGAGAAAAAGGAGGAGAAAAAACAAGACUGUCUCCAUGUUCCCAAGCAUGUUGAGACUGAGUUGAAACCUGAAAUGACACUUGCAUCUCGAAAACAGCAGACCAAAGCUCCAGGAACUCCACAGGCUUCUGCCAGCACUUCUACCAGCACUUCUAUUGGUGGCUCUACUUCAACUACAACAAUUUUCAAAGCAUCCCAGUCUAGUAUCUCUAGUCCACCAUCUGCAGCCGUUAUUCCAGCAUCUAGAUCCUCAUCACUCGUACGCCCUGAAUGUCUCAAUACAACACCAAAGCCCCCACCUGCUUUGGCAUCUGUCACAAAAUCAACUGCUGCUGUUCCCACUGCUGUUAAAUCCACCCUUCCUGCCGGUCCUUCAUCCACGGCUGGCACCAAAAGCCCCCGUCUACUUCCAAUUGCAUCUGCUGUUGAAGCCCAAAAGCACUCGGUUGUCCGCCUCCCUGUGGGAACCUUAUCAUCCCCCUCCAUGGCUAGUUCCUCCUCUCCCAUUCAAGGAUCCAUCCCUUUCCAACCCCAUGUUGCUGAUGGAAAAGAUAAGGAGGUGCCGCUCAGCCCUACAGAGGAGGCUCAGAUACGUCUGAUGAGGAUCUUCAGUGCUCCUCUGGAACCAGCAGAUAGUGUGUCAUCUGUCAGAGCUACUGUCCCCUUGGUAGUACCUCAUGCCUCCAUUCAGGAUGUGGUGGAAGAGGACACUUUGGCUCUUCUACAGGCCUCCCACGCUGCAGUCCAGAAGCCCAAGGUGAAAACUGAGGAGCAGAUAACCGCAGAGCAGGCAUGGUUUGGCUCAGAAAAAGUUUGGCUGGUCCACAAGGAUGGUUUCUCCCUAGCCACGGUGUUGAAGACGGAGGCCGGCUCCCUUCCAGAGGGGAAGGUUAAAGUUAAACUGGAACAUGAUGGGACGAUACUUGACGUGGAUGAGGAUGAUGUAGAAAAGGCCAACCCUCCAUCCUACGACCGGACUGAAGACCUAUCCUCCCUGCUCUACCUCAAUGAGUCCAGUAUCAUGCACUCCCUGAGGCAGCGCUACGGAGGCAAUUUGAUCCACACCUACGCCGGUCUAAACACCGUGGUCAUCAACCCACUGAGUACAGCGUCCAUGUACUCUGAGAAGGUGAUGCACAUGUUUAAAGGUUGCCGACGCGAGGACACUGCCCCCCACAUUUACUCCGUGGCCCAGACGGCGUACCGCAAUUUACUGACUACACGCCAAGACCAGUCCAUCGUGUUGCUUGGAAAGUCUGGCGGCGGCAAGACCACCAACUGCCAGCACCUGGUCCAAUACCUUGUCUCUAUUGCUGGUAGCACUGGCAAGAUCUUUUCUGCUGAAAAAUGGCAGGCGGUGUACACCAUUCUCGAAGCCUUUGGUAAUAGCUCCACCUCCAUGAACACAAACGCCAGUCGAUUCUCACACAUCAUCUCCCUGGACUUUGACCAGGCUGGCCAAGUUGCCUCUGCUUCUAUUCAGACCAUGCUUCUUGAGAAGUUGAGGGUGACCAGGCGGCCUGCCACCGAGUCAACCUUCAACAUCUUCUACUACAUGAUGGCUGGAGCCGACAGCAACCUCAGAACGGAGCUGCACUUCAACCAUUUUGCAGAGAACAGUGCUUUUGGGAUCCUGCCUCUGUCCAAGGAAGAUGAAAAGAAGCGGGCUGCCCAGCAGUUCACCAAGCUGCAGGCUGCCAUGAAGGUUCUGGGUAUCUCUGGCGAGGAGCAGAAGGCCCUCUGGCUCGUGUUGGGGGCCAUUUACCACCUGGGAGCAGCAGGGGCCACAAAGGAGGCAGAUGAAGCGGGACGCAAGCAGUUUGCCCGACACGAGUGGGCCCAGAAGGCGGCCUACCUGCUGGGCUGCAGCCUGGAGGAGCUCUCCUCCGCCAUCUUCAAGCACCAGGCCAAAGGACUGCAGCGCUCCACCUCCUUCAGAGGAGGCCCUGAGGAGGCUGGCGAUGGACCAGGUUCUAAGAUCACUGCCCCGGAGUGUCUGGAGGCCAUGGCCUCAGGCCUCUACUCUGAGCUCUUCACCUUGGUCAUCUCCCUGGUGAACAGGGCGCUGAAAUCCAGUCAACACUCUCUGUGCUCCCUCCUGAUUGUGGAUACGCCAGGCUUCCAGAACCCACGCAUGGCUCAGCGCCAGCGGGGAGCCACCUUUGAGGAGCUCUGCCACAAUUAUACCCAGGAGAGGCUGCAGACUCUCUUCCAUGAGCGCACUUUUGUCCAGGAGCUGGAGAGAUACAAGGAGGAAAACAUAGAGCUUGCUUUAGAUGACAUAGAGUCCAGCACCUCUAAGUCUGUAGCUGCUAUUGAUCAAGCCUCAGCCCAAACCCUGGUGCGUACCUUAGCUAGGACGGAUGAGGCGCGGGGCCUGCUGUGGCUGAUGGAAGAGGAGGCGGUUCAGCCCGGGGGAUCAGAGGAGACCCUGCUGGAGCGGCUAUUCAGCUACUAUGGCACCCCGCACGGAGAAAGCAACAGGCCCAGCCUGCUGCUGAAAGGAGACAAGCCCCAGCACUUCCUGCUGGGCCACAGCUCUGGGACGGACUGGGUGGAGUACGACGCCCAGGGCUGGCUCAGCCACGCCAAGCAGAACCCCGCCUUCCAGAAAGCUGCCACACUGCUGCAGGACUCUCAAAAGAAGAACAUCAGCGGGCUGUUCAUGGGCCGGGCGGGCGGGGCCACGGUGCUCUCCGGCUCCAUCGCCGGUCUGGAGGGGGGCUCGCAGCUGGCCCUGCGCCGGGCCACCAGCAUGAGGAAGAACUUCACCACGGGCAUGGCUGCCGUCAAGAAGAGAAGCCAGUGCAUACAGAUCAAGCUUCAAGUGGAUGCAUUAAUUGACACAGUGCGCCGAUCCAGGAUACAUUUUGUCCACUGCCUCCUUCCCAAAGUGGAGUCAGUAGGCGUGGUGGGGGACCCCCGAGUGUCUCACGGAGACACCCCCGACUCUGGCCUCAUGACCCUUGACGUGGGCCUGCUCCGGGCCCAACUCCGGGGCUCUAAGCUACUAGAUGCUCUGCGCAUCUACAGGCAAGGGUACCCUGAUCACAUGGUGUUCUCUGAAUUCCGGCGACGCUUUGAUGUGCUGGCGCCACACCUGACCAAAAAGCAUGGGCAUCACUGCAUUGUCACAGACGAAAGAAGGGCAGUGGAGGAGCUGUUGGACUCUUUGGAACUGGAGAAGACCAACUACCACAUGGGGCUUAGUAGAGUUUUCUUCAGAGCGGGGGCUCUCACCAAGUUGGAAGAGCAGCGUGACGUGCAGACCCGGAGGAACCUCACUCUGUUCCAGUCUGCUUGUCGUGGCUUCCUGGCCAGGCAGGCCUUCAAGAAAAGAAAGAUUCAAAACCUGGCCAUCCGCUGCAUCCAGAAGAACAUUAAGAAGAACCGUGGUGUGAAGGGCUGGCCGUGGUGGAAGCUCUUCACCACCGUCAGGCCUCUCAUAGAGGUGCAGCUCACUGAGGAGCAGAUCCGCGGCAAGGACGAGGAAAUCCAGCAGCUGAAGCAGAGGUUGGAGAAGGUGGAGAAGGAGCGGAACGAGCUGAGACUCAACAGUGACCGGCUCGAGAGCCGGAUCACCGAGCUAUCAUCAGAAGUCGCCGAUGAGCGAAACACAGGCGAGUCUGCCUCACAGAUGCUGGAGACGGAGACCUCUGACAGACUACGUCUGGAGAAGGACAUGAAGGAACUGCAGACCAAGUAUGACAGUGUAAACAAACAGAUGGAGUCGAUGGAGAUGGAAGUGAUGGAAGCCCGCCUCAUCAGGGCCUCCGAGCUCAAUGGAGAGAUGGACGAUGAUGACACAGGAGGAGAGUGGAGGCUGAAGUACGAACGGGCCAUCAGGGAGAUUGAGUUCACCAAGAAGCGGCUGCAGCAGGAGUUUGAUGACAAGUUGGAGGUGGAGCAGCAGAACAAGAGGCAGCUGGAGAGGAGGAUCAGUGACCUGCAGGCAGAUAACGAGGAGUCCCAGCGCAUCGGUCAGCAGCUGAAGAAGAAGCUCCAGCGGCUGACGGCAGAGCUGCAGGACACCAAGCUGCACCUGGAGGGACAGCAGAGCCGCAACCACGACCUGGAGAAGAAGCAGAGGAAGUUUGAUAGCGAACAAAGUGUUUCUCAAGAGGAGGUGCAGAGAGAGAGGAGCCUGAGGGAGAAGCUGGGCAGAGAGAGAGAUGUUCUAGCUGGAGAGGUCUUGGGACUCAGACAGCAGCUUGAGGACAAGGAGCUGGAGUUGACUGCUGUGCAUCUGAAGCACGAGCAGCUGGACGCCGAGCUGCAGGACCUCAGCUCCCAGGAGACCAAGGACGAGGCCUCCCUCUCCAAGGUGCGCAAGCAGCUGCGGGACAUCGAGGCCAAGGCCAAAGACCAGGAGGAGGAGCUGGACGAACAAGCAGGAUCCAUUCAAAUGCUGGAAAAGGCUAAACUACGGUUGGAGAUGGAGAUGGAGCGGCUGCGCCAAACACAUUCAAAGGAUUUGGAGAGCAAAGAGGACGAAGUGGAGGAGAUCAGACAGUCCUCCAGUAAGAAGCUAAGGCAGAUGGAGGUCCAGCUUGAGGAAGAAUAUGAUGACAAGCAGAAGGUUCUGAAGGAGAGGAGGGAGUUGGAGGCCAAGCUGUGUUCAGCAAAGGAGGAGGUCAGCCACGUGGACAUUGAGACAGAGAAGAGGCUCAGGAAGGACCUGAAGAGGACCAAGGCCCUGUUAGCGGACGCCCAGAUCAUGUUGGACCACAUGAAGAACAACGCGCCCAGCAAGAGGGAGAUCGCCCAGCUCAAGAACCAGCUGGAAGAGUCUGAGUUCACUUGUGCAGCAGCAGUCAAGGCCCGCAAGGCCAUGGAGGUGGAGAUCGAGGACCUGCAUGUCCAGAUGGAGGACAUCUCCAAAGCUAAGCAGGCGCUGGAGGAGCAGUUCAGCCGUCUGCAAAGGGAGAAGAAUGACUUACAGUCCCGCAUAGAGGAAGACCAGGAGGACCUGAACGAGCUUGUGAAGAAGCACAAGUCUGCUGUGUCUCAGGCUGCUCAGAACCUGGGCCAGAUCAGCGACCUGCAGGCCCAGCUGGAGGAGGCCCUCAAGGAGAAGCAGGAGGUCCAGGAGAAGAUGCAAGCUCUGCAGAGUCAGCUGGAGUUCAAGGAGCAGUCCACGGUGGAGAGGUCCCAGGUGGGCCGCCAGGAGGCCAAGGUCCGGGAACUGGAGACCAAGCUGGAGUUUGAGAAGACUCAGGUCAAACGCCUGGAGAGUCUGGUGGCCCGCCUCAAAGAGAACCUGGAGAAGCUGAUGGAGGAGCGGGACCACUGCAGCACCACGGAGAACCGGGAGAAGGAGCAGAACAAGAGGCUGCAGAGGCAGAUCCGGGACGUCAAGGAGGAGAUGGGCGAGCUGGCCAAGAAGGAGGCCGAGGCCAGUCGGAAGAAACACGAGCUGGAAAUGGACAUUGAGAGCCUUGAGGCUGCCAACCAGAGCCUGCAGGCUGAUCUCAAGCUGGCCUUCAAGAGAAUCGGGGACCUUCAAGCAGCCAUCGAGGAUGAGAUGGAGAGUGAUGACAAUGAAGACCUCAUCAACAGUUUGCAAGACAUGGUGACAAAAUAUCAGAAAAGAAAGAACCGAACCGAGGGUGAAUCAGACACAGACUCUGAGGCUGAGAACCGUGUGGAUGGAGUGAAAUCCUGGCUCUCCAAAAGCAAGGGGUACAGCAAGAACCUCUCUGAUGAUGGCAGCCUUAAAAGUUCCAGAUUUGCUGUGAACUUAGAUGCAAAGGAAGCUAAGGAAUGGAAAGAGGCCAAUAAAGAGGUCAAUGAGGUCGAUUCAAACCGACCCAUGUCAGUAAUGAGCUCUCUGAGCUACAGAAAGCGCCCCCAACUUAAAGAUUCCAUUGUUGGGAAGGGUGACGACAACUCCCUCUUAAGCACUCUCAAGGAGAACGGUGGCUCACAGAAGCCCCUGACCUCGUUCACCAAAUCCAAACCUAGAACAGCAGAUCAUGCUGAUGGCUCUUCAAUCCCCUCAUGGAGAAAACCCCUUGCUGGGGAUGAUAUGGAUGACAGAGGAUCAGUCUUCUCCAAGGCCUAUUCAGCAAGGAAGGGAAUGGACAGCCGUCUGGCAGACUUUGACAUGGAAUCAACCAUACACAGUCAUGCUUAUUCAGUCCGGGAGUAUAGUCCAGAUGACGACACCAAGUCCACCAUCGGCUCACAACUGGGCAGCUCUCUGGGACAGCGUCGAGGCUUGUCCCAAGUCGGUGGCGGUAACCUCGGGGAGCCGUCGCAUGGAAGGCGCAGUCCCGGCAGCCCUGGUUUGACCCGACGCUCCGGCGGCCGCAGCCCAGGGGGCAUGAGCCGCGCCGACUCACGCAUCUCGGUGGCGCGUAGCUGCCGCCUGAGUGAGUUUGACGUUGACGACAGGCGCAGCGUGGCCUUCACCGAAAGGUCGUCGCACAGUCCCCAGUCCUCGACAGGGCGCAGCGUCUCCAUGCCUCCACGAGCCAGAUCGUCACUGGGCGACGAUGACGACACACUGGACAUGUGUGACGUCAAGCCCGUCAGCCACCGCAACUACCUGGACCCCGACCUGGAGAAGGCCAUCAACGAGGUGCUGAGCUUCAAGCCCAUCCAGUUCAAGCGCACAAGCCUGGAGGAUUCCGAGGCUGAGAAGGAAAAGACCCGGGACGAAGAGGGGAAGGAGGAUGGCAAAAGGAGCCGGAUGGCGGAGAAAAAUCCCCGGAGCGGCAGCAGCCUCAGACGCUCGGCCUCAGCCGUGGACUGCCUGAGGGGCUCCAGUCGGGUGAGCUCUCGCAGCCGCAGCAGCAGCAAGAGCAAAGGCAAGAGCAAGAAGAAGAGAAGAGGCCACAGCUCCGAGUCGGAGGGCUCCGCCGACGACCGGCACAGCAGGAGCAGCUCGAGGAAGGGGGGCAAGAAGUCCAAGAAGAAGUCAAAGAAGAAGGGUCGCUCCUCAUCAUCGUCUUCAUCUAAGUCUGAAUCAGACUCAGAGUCUGACUCCAGUUCCGGGGCGUCCACCAUCUCUUACCGCAGCGCCAACAGUGUUAAGAGAGCGCCUGGACAGAAGGACUCCGACGGGGCAAGGGAAGAGGCAGCAUCCCCUGGUGAUGGUGACAAUGACAAGACCCCCAACAAAAAGGAUGACAAAAAAAGGAAGAAGAAAGUGGACAACCUGAUGAUGAAGUACUUGUACCGGCCAGACAGUGAAUGAGGCAGGCACCCAACGAGUCAGCGUCGAUUCGGCUUUGACAGAUCUGAUGAAGAGGCGGAGGAGGAGGAAGAAAAGGAAGAGAGGAGUGCGCUCCCGUCCUCCCCCCGCUGUUGAUACCAACACAGCGGCCCCCUGUAUGUGGCAGGGACCUCCUGGCGGCCCGAUGCAUUGGAGCGAUGAUGCACACACUGGUCACGCUUUCCAUCACUUUAUUCUCCUUGCAUGCAAUUUGUGCCAAAUGUUUGCGUCUGUAGACGUAGCAGUCACACACACACACACUCAAACACAAGAUGAACUCCCCAAGGUAUAUUCAUUUCCUGCCGGAAAGCAUCUUGUCGCUUACGUUGUUAAUCCUGUGCGGAACUGGCAUUGCUGGGUUCUUAAAGGGUUUGGGUGAAGUGUGUACAGUCUGCGUUCCCAGAUCACUGUCUGGAGGCAGUGGCUUGGCUUAGGCCGCAAGCGCUUCCCUAUUCGCGCUGCCUUGCAUUAUCGUUGUAACCGAGCCAAAGAACUUGAGGUUGCAAUUAUAUAUACUCACACACUAUAUAUAACCAAAAAACACCACCGUGAUCGAAGUAGACUCCUCGACAGUUGGUCUCGUCCGGCUGUAUGUAGAUUUGAGUGAACUGACAGAGGAGACUGAAAACGGAUAAAGAAAAGUUUUUAUCGGCUUGGUUUUCUAACCUUUUGCUACUUUUUCCCUCUUUUGCUGGCAAAUACUUUCUUCCUUUUAUGCUGAUGCGGCAAUAACUACUCUGCAAACCACUUUCCCCCCCGUUUUUAUUUGGAUUGAUUAUAUGUUUGGAGUAUGGCCCUCAAGGAAGUGCAUUUCCAUAAAGCUUGAGUGUAACUUCUGCAAAAUGCCUUUUCAGAUUUUCGUCUGUGUUCUAGCAAGAAUCAUUUUUAACUAAGCUCUGCUAGUCACACAGGAUCUGCCUUUUUAUUUUCUAUCAGACCUACAUUGCUUUCCAAAGGAAAUUAACAUGGGCAUUGAAUUUAGGUUGCCAUUAUAAAAAAAAACACUACUAUAAGCUCCUCAGUCACUGAGUUGCUUUUCACUGCGCUACACUCAUUAGGUGUGUCUUCAAGGUCUUUGUGCUGAUUAAUGAUGUCAUUUUUCAAAGUAAACGCAUUGAAAGGCAAACAUGAUAACAAAGACUUUCAUGGUUGUUCAUGUUUGACAUCAAACCCAUCGGCCAUAUUUAUAAUAUUUAUGAAGUAGAAAUACAAUAUUUUUAGCAAAUUGUACAUCGUUCAUGGAUCUUAACAUGAGGGCUUCCUGAAACUGAGAAAAAAAUAGGUUGUCAUUGCCUCUUAUGGGUUGUAUUCAACACUAUGCAGUCAGGUUGAGGAUUUUUUGACUUCCACUUAAUAAAAAUGGCUCAAUAAACCACUUAAUUAAGGAAGAUCACUUUGCCUAUCGUAUACUUUAAUAUAUAUGUAUGAUUUAUGCAAGCUUUUAACUGGUUCAUGUUGAUUGUCAUUGAACAAAUUCACCAUGUGCUAUUAUGGUAAUAAUUUUGCAUACAGUUUAAUAUAUUGUAAAUAAAUAAUGGUGAUUGUUAUAUAAUGCC